AUGGCGUACAACCACUACCUGCCCAAGAAGAUUGACCUGACCCCGAAGCGGCACCACGGCUUCUAUGUCGUCCUCUUCAUCUUUGGCAUGAUCCUUCCCCCCGUCGCCGUGGCGCUACGGUUCGGGAUCGGUAGAGACUUUUUCAUCAAUUGCAUCCUCACCCUCUGCGGGUACAUCCCUGGCCACGGACACAACUUCUACAUUCAGAACAUCCGAAACAACACCAACAAGGCGCGCACGCCCAAGUGGGCAAUUCGUUACGGCCUCGUCGACGACUCGCAGUUCCGCCGCAAGGAGGCCAAGUCACAGUGGGCCAAGCGCUACGACGAGCGCAACCCCGAGUCUACACUCGUUGGCCAAGAACUCGCCGAGGGCGAGGAGGGUCCCAACUACACCCCAAGCAACCCCGACGCGCCGGCCCGCCGCCGCGGUUCUGAGGGUCUCUGGGACCGCGAGGAAGAGCAAUUCUACAACGACGACGACGUCGCGCCGAACCAGCGCAACUGGCAUUACCCCACCAACUUUGAGGGCACGGUCGGCACUGGCGGGCGCAAGAAGAAGGGACGUGGCGGAGACAGGUGGGAGCGCACGCGCUCGGCCACCUCUGGUAGCAACGGUAGCAACGACAACUACGGCACGUACCCGCCUGGUGGAACGGCGUCUACAGACGACGACGUGCCCGAGUGGGGCCGUGACUACGGCUCGUCAAAGAGGCGCAGCUCGCGCGGGCGCAAGAACUCUGCGGGCUCUGGUUCAAGCGGGCCGUCGAGCGCGCCGAAGCGGAGCAACAACCCGGACGACGUGUUCCGGCACGAGUUCUGA